CUCAAACAGCUGUCUCAAAAAGGAUCAACCUCUGCAGAACGCAAUUCAAAUGUUAUCGUGGACAAUUCUAUCAUUUACGUUGAUAAGUCCAGUUCCAUUCCUGAUUGCUCACUACCAGUUGACAGUACAGUACUUAGAGAUUGUCAAAAGUCAGAUUGUAGUGGUCAUGAUAAUAUCAAUCCGAAUGAAGUUGUUACCUCCAUUCAUGAGAUCCCGAACAUAGCAGAGUCCUCCACUCAUCAUAUUUUGUCUCACAACGAAAGAAAGAUUCCGAAAAGUCAACUAAUCAACAAUCUGCUAGUUAUGGCCAUCAAGUGGCGACGCAAUACUACUCACACCGUUGCUCAAGAUAUCUUGAAUUUAGUAAAUCUUUCAAGUAAUUCGGGCACACCGAAAGCAUCGAAAUAUUACUGGAAAAUUCUUAUCGAUCGGUACUCCCAAAAUGUCUCCACUCACUACAUUUGUGAACAAUGUUACGAGUAUCAUGGCACCGAUAAAGAUCUCGUGAAAUGUCGCUACUGUAAUUCGGAAAUCAACCAAAAAUCUAACAACGGUUCAUUUCUGUAUUUAGCCUUGACUGGCCAGCUACGGGAAGUUUUCGAAAUGACUGAUGCCCAUAACUUAUACUCAAAAAAUCGUCUAAAGCAAUGUAAAUACGCUUUAGAAGAUAUUUAUGACGGUAAAGCUUACCAGAAACUUAUGGUUAAUGAUGAUUUAAUUUCUAUUAACUUCAGCGUUGAUGGAGCACCGGUUUUCGAAAGCUCAAACACUUCUGCUUAUCCUGUGCUUUGCACGAUAAACGAGAAACGAUAA